AUGCCGCUGCGCACACUAGGGUCCCUGAAAACAUCAGACUGCCCCCUCACCCCCAUCUUCAACAUGGGACCAAAUCUCCGCGACGGGGAUGAGGGCCAGCACAUAAUGCACCAGCACUUUCUCCCCCUGGCAUGCUCCAGACCCAUCACGACAAUGGGCUCGCUCCUAUCCCGGCCUAAGAAGCCUCAGUUCAAGGCCUCGAGACCCAGAAUGCGCGACUCGGAGGCCCUGCGACGUCGCAUCUCCCUCAACAAGGAAACCCUCGAUCGGGUGUUGCAGCAACUUGGCCACCCGGCGGCCCAGCAGCCAGCCCACCCGCCGACUCACCUCGACCAGCGAGGCAACAUCGAUCAGCAAGUCUCCCACGACCAGCAAGUAUACCUCGAUCAACAAGUCUACCAGACGCGGGCCCUGUCCCCGAAGGCGACAACCCCAUACUACACACGCAAAGAGCAAGGGCACGAACACGAACAAGAAGCAACGACGGCCGGAAAAGGGAUAGGCCUCGGCAUCGCAGCCCCAGCUCCAUUCUUAGUCCCGAUCCGACAAGCCCAAGUCCCCGACCUCAACAAGCCGCUCCCCCCUCUACCCACCACCCCGACAACCCCUACCUCAACCACCCCCCCGACCCCCCCAACCCCUUCCCCCACCUACACCACCACCACCACCACCAGAACAGCAGUAACCCCAGCCGCAACCCACACCCCAACAACCCUAGCCUCAUCAUCAACCCUCUUUACCACCCUCCAAGCCCAUCUAGACCGCACCCACAUCGAGCACCACCGCCAGCAGACACUACGCAUCCUCGAGUCCCGGGACCGGCACUCGUACAGGGACAGAGACAGAGAUAGGGACAGGGACAGAGACACCGGGGCGCCGACGCCGCUCCGGCUGCUCCGGCCGUAUGGGCGCAGACGCUUGCCGAGCAUUAUCUUGCGGCGGCGGGUGGGGAGGGCGGGGGUGGUGAGGGGAGGGGGACGGGGAGGUGGAGGGGGGAAGGUAUAA